CAACUUUUUCUGGUAGAAUAAAAGCAUUGAUGUGAUUGCAGGAAUUAAUCCCUCCGCCGUGUGCACUUUUUUACUCCACUAAAGUUCAUGUGGAACUUUAAAUGUCUUAUCUCAUCUUCAUGUUUAAAAGCACGGGACGAUAACUCAAUUAAGAGGCAGAUUACGAGAAGGAAGUUGAAAGUGUUGACAGAAAGGGAAAUACUCUGAUGAAGAGCUAUGUGGAAUGCUACCCUAUUUUUAUUAUGUUGGCAAUCGAUUUUGCUUUUUCCAUUAGUAACAUACUUCUCAAGAAGAUUAUAAUGGAUGGGAUGAACCAUUUGGUCUUCAUAACUUAUCGGCAGGCCAUUUCAACCAUUUUUUUAGCCCCAGUUGCUUUCUUUCUGGAAAAGAACACGAGACCAAAACUUACCCCUCAAAUCUUGUGUAACCUUUUUUUGAGUGCCAUUGUUGGGGCAUCUGUUACGCAAUACUUAUUCCUUCUUGGCAUGGAAUACACAUCUGCAACUUUCUCAUGUGCCUUUCUCAACAUGGUUCCUGUGAUCACAUUCCUUAUGGCAUUACCUUUUGGGUUAGAGACUAUCAACAUCAAACAUGGAAGUGGAAUAGCCAAAGCACUUGGUACACUAGUAUGCGUUGGAGGUGCCUUCUUACUGACUUUUUACAAAGGCAUCCCUUUGGUUCAUUUUUCAGACCAACAAUCUGUGUCUUCAUCUUCAGAAGGAGACAUUAGUUCCUCGAAAAUAAAAGAAAGAUGGAUCCUUGGUUCUCUGGCCUUGUUUGCAGGGACACUUUUGUGGUCUUCGUGGUUCCUUCUCCAAACGUUUAUUGGAAAGAAAUAUCCAUGCAAGUACUCUAGCACUGUUAUCAUGACCUUCUUUAGCGCAAUACAAUCGGCUGUCUUGACUUUUUCCAUGGACAGAAGACUGUCCAUUUGGGUUCCAAAGGAAAAUAUAGAUAUGCUGAGUAUCCUCUAUGCUGGAUUAAUAGGUUCAGGAAUGUGCUUUGUGGGAAUGUCAUGGUGUGUCAAGAAGAGGGGUCCUGUCUUCACUGCAGCAUUCAGUCCUCUUGUCCAAGUUAUGGCAGCCAUAUUCGACGUUCCCCUCCUCCACGAACAUGUAAUAGGAUCGGCUAUCGUAAUUGCUGGUUUAUAUUUUCUGCUCUGGGGCAAGAACAGAGAAAUGCAAAAAGUUGUCCAUGAAACUGAAGAGAAAAAAGAGAAGGAGUUACCCUUCAAAGAUCUAGAAACCAAUUCUGAACCCAGGAUCCCUUGA